CGGAGAGGGAGGAGCCCCGCGCGUUCCUCUAGAGGAUUCAUGUGGAGAGAGAUAAGCGCUGGAAAACUUUUCUGCUGGAGAAUUCAUGAAAAAAACAGGGUGACUAGGAAAACAAGAGUGAGCGGAUAUCACAGAAGGUUGCACCAUGUUUAAAGCGGUACUGAAAAUGAACAGAGAAGGAGGGAAGGGGAGCAAGAAGGAGGCAGUUGGCGAGCCACACUUACUUGGUGCCCAGAGGAGAGGGUUAGGCAGUGCUGCACAGGACCCUGGCAGUGCUCUUCCUUGCUCUACCGAAGAGGGGUUAAGGCUCAGCUUGUCUAAAGGAGUCUCAAUGUCCCUACCCUCCUCGCCUCUACUGCCCCGACAGAACUACAUGAUGCCCUCUCGCUCCAGCAAGAAAUCUCCAGGACCCGUCAGGAAGCCCAAGUACGUGGAGAGUCCUCGAGUUCCUGCAGAUGCCAUCUCGUCAGCGCUGAGAAAGGCAGCCGACAGCAAGGAUGAACCGGCCAGUCCUGGCCCCUCCCCCGCCACUCAGGAGUUGAUGACACGGUUGGGCUUCUUGCUGGGCGAAGGCAUCCCAGGCUCUGCGCGCAUACCUAUGGACAACAAGAAUGAAAAGAAGUGCUUAGUGAAUCAGGGGGUGAGUCCUUGCUCUACACUGACCAGUAGCACAGCGUCUGCAUGCACAGACAGCCCCUGCUCCACUUUGAACAGCAGUGCCAGCCGCCCUCCCGCCAGCCAGCGCAGCCCCUGCGGCACUAUCACCAGCCCCAGCUCCACUUUAGAAAGCAAGGACAGUGGAAUCAUAGCCACCAUCACAAGCUCCUCAGAGAAUGAUGACCGCAGUGGGUCCAGUCUGGAGUGGAGUAAGGAAAGCAGUGUGAGAGGGAGUGGGCACCAUGCACUGGCUCCGACCUCCAUGCGUGCAGACACCUGCUCUCCUGUGGCUGAGGAAGAAGCAUCCACGGCAGAGAGCUCUGGGAGCAGCAGAGUCGCAACCACGGUAACCGCAGGGGCAGGGGCGGCAGGGGCCAAUGCUGAGGGUCCAGUUCACUACCCAACACAGAGCUCCUCCAGCCUCAUGAUGCCCAGGCCCAACUCAGUCGCAGCUACCAGUUCCACUAAAUUGGAAGACUUGAGCUAUCUUGAUGAGCAGCGUAAUACACCACUGCGUACCUCCAUACGGAUGCCCUGGCACAACACUGGAGGAAGGCCACCGCACGACAAAGCACGCUUCACUCCAUAUAAGCCUGCUGAUAUCAUGCUAAAGCCUCUGCUGUUUGAGGUUCCUAGCAUCACUACGGACUCUGUGUUUGUGGGCCGGGAUUGGCUGUUUCAGCAGCUGGAGGAUGUCCUGAUCGACAGCCAAACAGGCGAGAGUCGUGGGGCCACUGUUGUGGGCAGCGUGGGCUUUGGCAAGACGGCUGUCAUCUCCCGAUUGGUGGCCCUCAGUUGCCAUGGAGGCCGCAUGAGACAGAUCGCCUCUAAUAGUCCUAAUGCUUCCCCAAAAAGUGGUGAGCAAAGCUCAGAGUUGCCUCUGAGUCAGCCACCACAGCCCACCCCUCCACCCAGCGCCACCAACACACUGCAGUCCGACAGCUGCCCCAGCACACCUGAGCUCCGCCGGCACAGGGAGGAGGCUGUUAAACGUCUGGCCUCAAAGGUGGUUGCAUAUCAUUACUGCCAGGCUGAUAACACCUACACAUGUCUGGUGCCUGAGUUUGUGCACAGUGUCGCUGCCCUGCUGUGCAGAGCACACCAGCUCACUGCUUACAGGGAGCUCCUCUUGAAAGAACCACAUCUACAGAGCAUGCUCAGUCUACGCUCCUGUGUCCAGGACCCAAUGGCCGCCUUCCGUAGGGGCGUCCUGGAGCCACUCAUCAACUUGCGCAAAGAGAGAAAGAUUCCAGAAGAGGAUUACAUCAUCUUGAUUGAUGGGUUGAAUGAGGCGGAGUUUCACAAACCAGACUAUGGUGACACCAUUGCAUCUUUCAUUACCAAGCUUAUUUCUAAGUUCCCCACAUGGCUCAAACUCAUCAUCACUGUACGGGUCAGCCUACAGGAGAUCACCAGUCUGCUGCCCUUUGACAAGAUCAGUUUGGAUGAUUUUCCUGAUAACAAGGAGAUCAGCUCGGACUUGAACGCCUACAUACAACACCGUGUCAACAGCAGCCGUGACAUCCUUAACAACAUCUCUCUGAACGGAAAGGCUGACCCUGUUAUUGUGGGCAAGGUGAGCUCACACCUGAUCUCCCGAAGCCAGGGUUCAUACCUCUACCUGAAACUCACCCUGGAUCUUUUUGAGAGGGGUCACCUGGUCAUCAAAAGUGCCAGCUACAAGGUGGUACCUGUCUCUCUCUCAGAGCUCUACCUGCUGCAGUGCAAUAUGAAGUUCAUGAGCAACUCUGCGUUUGAGCGCACCAUGCCUAUCCUCAACGUGGCUCUGGCCUCUCUGCACCCAAUGACGGACGAGCAGCUGUUCCAGGCUCUGAAUGCUGGCAGCGUGCGAGGAGACCUGCAGUGGGAUGACUUCCAGCAGCGCAUGGACAUGCUCUCCAGCUUUUUGAUCAAACGUCGGGAUAAGACGCGCAUGUUUUGCCACCCCUCAUUCAGAGAGUGGCUUGUGUGGAGAGCUGAUGGUGAAAGCUCUGACUUCCUCUGUGAACCCAGAAGUGGACAUGCCCUGAUGGCAUUCAUGUUGUCCAGGCAAGAGGGCAAGCUGAACAGGCAACAGACAAUGGAGCUGGGACACCACAUUCUAAAAGCACAUAUAUUUAAGGGUCAAAGUAAGAGGACUGGAGUAUCAUCCAGUGUCCUGCAGGGUUUGUGGAUCAGCUGCAGUACUGACAGUCUGUCUGCUGCACUGGCAUCCCUAAGGAACCUAUACACACCUAAUGUCAAGGUGAGCCGCUUGCUGAUGUUGGGUGGAGCAAACGUAAACUACCGUACGGAGGUGCUAAACAACGCGCCAGUGCUAUGCGUACAGGCGCAUUUGGGUCAUCAUGAGAUGGUGGCUCUGCUGCUGGAGUUCGGAGCAAGUGUGGAUGUAGCAUCGGAGAGCGGCAUGAGUCCCCUUAGUUAUGCUGCUGCAGCAGGUCACCUGGGCCUCGUCAGUCUGCUUUGCAAAAGAGGAGCCAAGGUGGAUCAUGUGGAUAAGAGUGGUCAAAGUGCCCUAGUGCAUGCAGCUCUAAGGGGGCAUCCUGACAUUAUCCAGUAUCUGCUGGAGCAGCAGUGGAGCAGAGAGGAUCAACAGCAUGAGCUCAGCCUGAAGAGCAAAGCCCUGCAGCAAUCCCUUAUAGCAGCCUCCAGCAUGGGACACACGCAGGUGGUGAAAAGCUUACUGGCCUUGAAAAAUGAACUGGUUGUGCAGAUUGAUGCUCAUGAUACACUAUGGGGAGAAACAGCUCUAACAGCGGCGGCAGGGCGAGGGAAGAUGGAUGUGUGUAGUUACCUGUUGGAGGAGGGUGCACAGGUGCAGCAGGUGAACAGAAGAGGAAUGUGUUCGCUUUUUUGUGCAGUGAGACAGGGACAUUGGCAGAUCGCGGAUGUGUUGUUACAGCAUGGUGCAGAUGUAAAUGGGAGUGAUAAGCAGGGGCGCACGUUGCUGAUGGUGGCAGCAUGUGAGGGCCAUCUCAGCACUGUGGAAUUCCUCCUCUCUAAAGGUGCCUCUUUAACGUCAGUGGAUAAGGAAGGGUUAACACCUCUUAGCUGGGCGUGCUUGAAAGGACAUAAGAAUGUGGUUCAGUUCCUGGUGGAGAAGGGUGCAGUUAUAGACCACUCAGACAAGAACGGACGCACUCCUCUGGACCUGGCUGCUUUUUAUGGAGAUGCAGAGAUUGUGCAUUAUCUGGUGGAGAGAGGAGCUGUGAUUGAGCAUGUGGACUAUAGUGGCAUGAGGCCUUUGGAUCGGGCAAUAGGCUGCAGGAACACUUCAGUGGUAGUCACUUUACUCAAGAAAGGGGCCAAACUAGGCUACAGAACAUCUCCUUAUGACCGAACAGGUAACGCAGCCUGGGCAAUGGCCACUUCUAAACCUGACAUCCUCAUCAUCCUGCUACAGAAGCUUAUGGAGGAGGGCAAUCUGCUCUACAAGAGAGGGAAGAUGAAGGAGGCAGCUCAGAGGUAUCAGUAUGCUCUGAGGAAGUUUCCCAGGGAGGGCUUUGGUGAGGAGCUGAAAGCAUUUAGAGAGCUGCGAGUCUCUCUGUACCUCAACCUUUCACGCUGCCGCCGGAAAACCAAUGACUUUGGCAUGGCUGAGGAAUUUGCCACAAAGGCAUUGGAGCUGAAGCCGAAAUCCUAUGAGGCAUACUAUGCUCGUGCUCGAGCUAAGAGGAGCAGCAGGCAGUUCACUGCAGCAUUAGCUGACCUGCAUGAGGCAACCAAGCUCUGCCCCAACAAUCGUGAGAUCCGUCGUCUCCUGACUCGAGUAGAAGAGGAAUGCAAACAAAUGCAGCGUGCCCAAAACAAACAACAGGGGGCAUUAAAUCCAUCUGCAGCUGACCAUGACUCUGACCAUGAGCGCGAAGAGGGGGAGGAAGAAGAUCUAACAGAGAACAGUUUGGGGAGAGACCUGGAUGAGGAGGAUUCCUCUCAGCUUGAUGCCAGAGCUGAGCCCUGGUCACAGAAUAUCUACCAGUUUAACCGGACACUGCCAGACUCUGUGGGUAAUGGUCAGCAGGCUGGCCAACCAGGCUCUCCUCCUCAUAGGCAGAGCCAGAGGCAACACCAGCGGGAGCCUGUGGCCCACAAGAGCCUGAUUCUGCAGCCCACCAAACAGGCCCAAAUCGUCAAAACCAACCAACACCUGAGCUCUCUCCAGGCAGGCUCUACACAGCCUACAGCUUGUAAAUCACAAACCCAUGGCCCUUCAAGCCCACUCCCUGGACGUCACAUGCUGAAGGCAGGGCCAGGCAUUGACAUCAGCCCUCUACCACCCCCUAGUGAAGACAAAGGCCACACAUCUACUGCUACAGGUCACCAUGAAAGUGAAGGUGUCUUUCUGUCUCAGGCAUACUCCUCAUCCGGCCCCAGUAGGGCUCCAGAGAGACUCUCGGCCCACUCUGUGAGCUCUUUAGAGGGUCUGGCUCUGUCAGCAGCACCUGCUGCUCAGGGGCAGGAGCUGAGAAAGGAGUCAGCACAGGGGGCAGGCUCUGGCUCUGGGUCCCAGGCAGGCAGCAUGAGGGUCUCAAGCUCCACAAGCAGUUUGGCAUCCAGCAGCAGUCUGUCAGACAGUGGGAAACUACAAGGCCCUGAUGUUCGCACCAAAACCAGUGUGGACAAAACCAAGCCUGCCCAGGGAAGCACUGUGGAAUACAAACCCAGACCUUUCAUGGGCAUUAUGGACAAAACAGCACGUUUUCAGCAGCAGCAGCAGCAGCAGUGUCACCAGUCUCGUGGCUGGCAGAGUCACUCCUCAGACAGCCACAGCAUGUCCUCUGCAGGGCUAGCGGGAGUGAACUGUGAGUUGUCGUACCCCAAGCCCUCCAGCACUUACCACGAGCAGCUCAAGGCCUCCUCUCAGGGAGCUGCUCUGGGGGGCCUGCACAACGGCAGCCUGCAUGCUAAAGAAUUCAACGACAAGUUCUGCCAGGCCGCCACCUGUUACAAAGAGUCCAAGCCAGCUGUUGCCAUGGCGCAUUCCUACACAGACAGUAAGCCCAAGCAUCCCAGCUUAGCUCGAGAUAAUCCUGCCAUUCAUGUAGCUUCAAUGAAACCAAAGCGAUCCUUUAUCGAGUCUAAUGUAUAGAGCCUAUUCAUAAUACAACCGUAACCCAUUGCUCCUUGCUCUCUUUCAUGCGCUCUCUCACACGAACAACAGCUACACAAAUGCACACACAAAAACACACAUCUGAUAUUAAAAUGAAAGUAUUUUCUUGACUUUGCUCUUCAGUUGUAAAACAGGUUUAAAUUGUACAUUAUGGACAAUGAUUACAUCCCACAUCUUAACUGCUGUUUUUGAUUUUUCUUUUUUCUUUUUCCUUUUUUUUGGGGGUGAGGGGGCUCAGUAAAGCCAAAAGUUUGUGCUAAGGUGGCUGCUUGCUCAUCACGCUUCAGCCACACUGGAGACUAACCACUGAAACAGGGCACACAGAAAUGAACACACAGCACUUUACAAACCAUUACUACAUAUCUGUGCUUACAAUACACAUGCACAUGUGGGAGCUUAUACUGUGGACAUUAUAUCACUGGUGCUGACAAAAACACAAAUGUAGGAAUGAAUAAGUUAAUAUGUGGACAGUAGAAGAGGUCAAUAAUGAGACAUUCCUGUGUUUUGAAUAGAAUCUCUAACCACUAGUGCAAUGUGUCCCAAGUCCUGCUCAAGAAGGCCACAGUUUAAUAUUUGCUGAGUUAUCAGCUCUAACUCUCCUCUUUCAGCUAAUUCAGUCAAGUUGAAGCAGGGCUGUUAGAAGACAAGGGAAAACACUAAACUGUACUGCUGGACUGGAUUUGAGGAAUUGCUCUAGCCUUGUAAAUAGUAAUACAGUGUGUAUUUUUCAACAUGUUUAUGUGAAGGUCUACAUCAGUGUAUUGUGACUUAUUGAGAAAAAAAAGUUUGUGUAUUUUGCUUUUGUUUUAUGCACAUUGUAUGGUUGAGAUGAUGUUUGAGGUUAUAAAAAAUAUACCUGGUUUGUAUGUUUGUAUAUUA